AUGUUCCAGCAAGCUAUACAGAAGCGCAGCACACUUGGUGUUCUCUUCUGGCAAUGUCGCGACACGCAGCACGUACGGAACAUGCAACGUAUCGUUGAUUACAAUGGCACCACCUGCCCAGCCUGGUCGACAGUGUUAUCAGUGACGAUGAUAACGGAAACAAAAGUGGUUACAAACGGCGGUGGCGGUGGCGGCUGCAUCGAUGACGAUCGCGGUGCAGCAACAACCAAACUUCACGCUUUCCUCCACUUCUCCCCACACUCCUACUGCGCUUUCUCCGUUUCUCUCUUUCUCGCUGACAUAACUGAUAAAGAAAAGACUGACCAAUAA